UUAUUUAUCCUACCACAUUCUUUGAAGGUGUAAUAAGAGAAAGAGUUUAUUUACUUAUAUAUACCAAUAAUAUGGUAUAUAAAAUAAUGUUUAUACUAUUAAAUCAUCAUCCAUGAUAAGUGAGUUAUAAUUUAAAAUGGCAAAUUACCUACUGAAAUAGGUAAAGGUGCGACCUGAUAAGUUAAAUUCUAAAAACUAUUAACACAACUGAACUCUAGUUAACUGCAUACUUAAGUGACGAAAGAAAAUUAGUGGUUACUCUUCUUUAUAUGUAGGCCUUUCGUACUCCUUUCAUGCCUGUACUCUUCUUCUUCUCUCUCCUCUUUCUUGCUAAGUUCUUGUGUUAGGACCAGAAACAUUUUGAUAUAAUUUGUCUCCUACCCUCCCUAUUACCAAGUCCUAAUUAAUCUUUCUCUAUGCCCUAGUGAGGCAUUGGUAUAUAAUUAAGCCUAUCCCAUUUUUCCUUGUAUAGAGUCAUGAGUUGUAAUGGUUGUCGAGUGCUUCGAAAGAGAUGCAGUGAGAACUGUAUCCUCAGACCUUGUUUACAAUGGAUUGAAACUCCUGAAGCUCAGGGCCAUGCCACCAUUUUCGUUGCUAAGUUCUUCGGACGUGCUGGCCUCAUGUCCUUCAUUUCCGCUGUCCCAGAAAACCAACGGCCUAGUCUAUUUCAGUCCUUAUUAUACGAAGCUGUAGGAAGGACAGUUAACCCAGUGAACGGAGUUGUGGGACUAUUAUGGACAGGCAAUUGGCACGUAUGUAAAGCGGCAGUGGAAACUGUCCUCCGCGGCAGCACAUUGCAGCCAAUCCCGGAGCUUCUCGGAAAGACACCACCAAUCGAUGAGACAUGUGAAUGCACAGAUCUUCGUCGAAACAUGCGAUCACCAAAGAUGCAAAAACGGUGUUGUUCGGCAGAUCUUGAUUUCAGUUUAUUAACACGAGGUUUCCAGAGUCAAAUGGUGUAUGAUCCUCCAUCGAGGAACUCAGAGGAAUCUGUUGUAACGACUAUGUGUUGUACAGAUCAACAAGGAAAAGAGCCCACACUACUGGGCUUGUUCACUUAGGUUUUAAUUGCCCUUACUUUUUUUUUUUUUUCCUUUCUUUUUCUUGGUUAAAUCUUUCUGUUUUUUCCCCAGAAAUAGAUUCUGGUGAGUUUUUUGUACAUCACUGGCGCAGGAUUCCCCCUUAUUUCUUAUGAAUAGUAAUACAGAAACAAGGGAGGAAAUGAAAGUUUCCCAGUGAUUCCUUCUUCUCUUUUGUUGUUCUUUGUAUUUUUUGCUUUCGUUUGGUGUUGUAUAACCAGUCUAAUGAAUGUUGGACAUAAAUAGAAUGAUAUGUUUCCUCUC